GGAGGAAGAAAAGUCAGAGAGAAAUGGAGUAAUUGCAUUAUAAGAUUGCGUUGGAAAAUACUGUCAUCCCCUCCCAAAAGGAUCGGAACUCCAAAAAGAGAGAGAUGGCGGAGGACGGGAAAGAUAUCGAAGGGAAUGGAGGAAUCAGGGCGGCGCUCAUCCCAAAAGAAGACAGAUGCAUGGUUUACCUCAGUACAUUUGUUGCCGUCUGCGGUUCCGCUGCAUUUGGAUCUUGUAUCGGAUAUUCAUCCCCCACUCAAUCUGCCAUCAGGGAAGAUCUCAACUUCUCCAUUGCCGAGUACUCGCUGUUUGGAUCCAUAGUAACGUUUGGUGCAAUGGGAGGCGCAAUCACAAGUGGUCCUAUAGCAGAUUACGUUGGUCGGAAAUGGGCAAUGAGAAUAUCAAGUGUUAUCUGUGUGGCAGGAUGGCUGUCCAUUUACUUUGCCAAGGGGGCUUUGCAGAUGGAUAUUGGAAGGGUGGCAACUGGAUAUGCAAUGGGAGUCUUUUCUUAUGUGGUUCCAGUUUUUAUAGCAGAAAUUGCACCCAAAGAAUUGCGAGGAGCAUUGACAACCUUAAAUCAGCUUAUGAUAAUCAUUGGAGUAUCAGUGGCCUUCAUUGUUGGAACUGUGCUGACAUGGAGGAAUUUGGCUCUAACAGGAAUAGUUCCAUGUGUCAUUCUUAUGUUGGGUCUCCUCAUCAUUCCUGAGUCUCCAAGAUGGCUGGCAAAGAUUGGACACAAGAAAGAGUUUGAAAUUGCACUACAGAAACUCCGUGGCAAAGAUGCUGAUAUAUCUGAAGAGGCAGCUGAAAUUCAGGAUUAUGUAGAAACCCUUGAUAAGCUCCCCAAAGCAAAACUACUCGAUUUGUUUCAAAAACGAUAUUUACGUUCAGUCACUAUAGGAGUUGGUCUAAUGAUAUGCCAACAAUUAGGUGGAAUUAAUGGAGUCUGUUUCUACGCUAGCAGUAUAUUUGAGUCUUCAGGAUUUCCUUCAAAUGUGGGAACUAUAACCUAUGCAAUUAUUCAGGUUAUAGUCACUGCACUGGGUGCAACUUUUAUAGACAAAGCUGGAAGGAAACCUCUUAUAUUGGUUUCUGCUGCAGGACUUGCUAUCGGCUGUCUACUAACGGGCAGCUCAUACUAUCUUAAGGGACAUAACAUUGCAGGCAAUGCAGCACCUAUAUUUGCUCUAGCAGGCAUACUGGUGUACAUAGGGUCAUUUUCGGUGGGAAUGGGAGCAGUUCCAUGGGUUAUCAUGUCUGAGAUAUUUCCUAUAAACGUCAAAGGUGUUGCAGGGAGCCUCGCCACACUAGUAAACUGGUUUGGCGCAUGGUUAUGUUCCUAUACUUUCAAUUUUCUCAUGGCUUGGAACUCCAUAGGUACUUUUAUGAUCUAUGCUGCAGUAAACGUGAUUGCAGUUUUGUUUGUGAUCAAGAUAGUGCCUGAAACAAAAGGGAGAACUUUGGAGCAAAUACAGGCUACCAUUAAUGCAUAAACUCAUAAAAAAGACAUCCAAUGCUUCAUAGAAAUUCCAAGGCAUCAGCAAAUGUGUAAGAUGGCUGAUGCUGCGUAACACAUUCCACAAAACUCUAUAAGGUUUAUCAGAAAAAAAUAUAAGCAAAGUAUUUAUUUUUCUUGUAUUUGUGCAAUGUAUCUCAAAAUACCACAAUGCCGCAAAGUAUUUAUUUUUCUUGUAUUUGUCUGUUAAACGUUUAUAAUAGAAGAGGAAUUAUCUUUUUGUUUUCACUUCUCUAAUAAUGUUUCGGGAAGCAGGCCUCAGAUUUAGACGCUUGAUAUCCUUUAUAUUUUUUCCUUGAGAAAAAUAGUACGGAGUAUGUUUUCUUUAAUGUAUUUUCCUUAUUAAAAGAGGAAGUAUAUCUUCUUG